AGAGUAAGUGUGUGUGAGAGUGAGUAAGUGUGUGAGAGAGAGAGUAAGUGUGUGUGUGUGUGUGAGAGGCAGUAUGUUAGGCUCUACUAAGCUCUGACACUGGAGACUCCUUCCACACAUGAGACUGUGGAGUGUGUUCUGUACACAUCCCUGUGAUAGGCUGUUACUAUAGUAACCAUAAUGUAUUAGAGUGAGUACAUUAACUUAAAGCUUAAAGAGAGAAUUAAUCACCACCUGAUGACCAAUCAGAGUCCAGAACUCGUGAACUCUAUCUGAAUAAACUCAAACAUUUAUUGUUCUUCAUUUACAUUUAUAAUAAUAAUAAAUGAUCAGAUGUUCUGACAGGCACAGACCGUCUAAUGUUAGUGUGUGUGUGUAAGCAUUGAGAUUUUACUAAGCUAGCUUAACUCGGCUGAAAUGUGGUCGUCAUGGUAACACUAAAAGAUGUUCUGACAGGCACAGACAGUCUAAUGUGAGUGUGUGUAAGGAGUUGCAGGUGGAGCGUUUCCAUAUUUUAAUAUUCAUGCUUUUUUUUUUAUAGCUCUUUGUAUUUAUAAUGAGGCCCAAUGUGUAAAGACAGAACCAGGAACAUGUAGAAACAUUAAAGAUUUAAUUCCACACUGAUUAAACCUCCACCUUCAGACAAUCACACACUCGUCUUCAACAUCAGAAGCUAAUCUGCGAAAGCUAACCAUGAGAUUCAACCGUUAUUUGUACAGACAUGUAGCAUAAACAGUCGCUGUUUUAAGGGAACUUCCCAAAAGACGGCUGUGCAUAAAGAACCUGUGUGUGUGUGUGUGUGUGUGUGUGUGUGUGUGGUUUGUGUUAGAUUUGAGAAGUUUCAAAACUUCCUGUUUUUGCACCUGAUCUCUAAACUGAGAACAGGAAGCAGAGCAGGAGCUGAAAACAUCAGCGCUCUUUACACGCUGUAAUGCACACUAAUUAGUGCUGCUGUCAGCACCGGCUGAAGAAACAAUGAGCGACUCUGUGGAGAAAAGUUCGGACUCUCCUGCACCCAUGGAAAGUCCUGGAGCUGCUGGACUGUUGAACAUCUCUCUUCAGGAGAGACUGGAUGAUGAGAGCGUGAUCUUUAAUGACUCGAGUCUCUCAGAGCAGCUACAAGCUGAGCUCCAGGGUCUGCGUCUGGACGACUGCCUCACCGAUGUUGUCCUCAGCGUCCAGGAUGAGAAGUUCUCCUGCCACAGAGCUGUCCUCGCCGCCACCAGCCUGUACUUUAGAGCGAUGUUCUGUACAGACCUGCGAGAGAGAUAUGAACAGUGUGUGAAUAUUCAGGGAAUCGAUGCAGAGGACAUGAGGAUGCUACUGGACUACACAUACACUAGUAAAGUACACAUUAGCAAAGACAACGUCCAGAAAACUCUGGAGGCAGCCAGUCUCUUUCAGUUUCCACGGGUGAUGGAGGCAUGUGCGUGUUUCCUGGCCAAGUCUCUCCACCCAGAGAACUGUGUUGGGAUUCUGCGUCUGGCUGACACACACACUCUAGUGGCGCUGAAGGCCCGAGUACAGGAGUACAUUGUGCAGAACUUUGGGGAUGUGGUGAAGUAUGAUGAGAUGCUUGAGCUGCCACUAGACGUGCUGGUGGAGAUGUUGCGGAGAGACGAGCUGGCUGUGAACGAUGAGGAGUGUGUGUACGAGGCGGUCAUGCGCUGGGUGAAGGUGCGUCAUGUCGAGCGACUGCCAUCCCUGGCUACAGUUCUCUCUCACGUGAGGCUACCACUACUAGAACCCUGCUACUUCCUGGAGAAGGUGGAGAGCGACCACAUGAUCCGUUCCUGCACUGAGGUUUUCCCACUUCUACAGGAGGCUCGAGCUUAUCACCUGUCUGGGAGUGAGGUGAUUUCAGAGCGCACUAAGCCCCGCCUCCAUCAGUACCAGUCCGAGGUGUUUGUGAUCAUCGGGGGCUGCACUAAAGAUGAGAAGUUUGUUUCGGAGGUGACGUGUCUGGACCCCCUGCGGCGGAGUCGCCUGGAGGUGUCCAAACUUCCCAGCACUGACACAGAGUCAGAGAGCGAAGCCAAGAAAUGGGUGGAGUUCGCCUGCAUCACCUUUCGAAAUGAAGUGUACCUCUCUGGUGGAAAAGAGACGCAGCACGACGUGUGGAAGUACAACGCUUCACUGAAUAAGUGGAUCCAGGUGGAGUACCUGACCACAGGGCGCUGGAGACACAAGAUGGCUGUGGCAGGAGGGAAGGUGUACGUGAUGGGGGGGUUUGACGGUGUUCAGAGACUCAGCAGUGUGGAGGCAUACGACCCCUUUCACAACAGCUGGUCAGAGGCAGCUCCUCUGCUCGUCGCCGUCAGCUCGUUUUCUGCCGCCAGUUAUGGUAACUGUAUCUACGUCAUCGGUGGUGGACCAAACGGAAAACUGGCCACCAACAGCCUGCAGUGUUUUGAAGCAGUGAUGAAUAAAUGGACGUUAAAAAGCCCAAUGCCCAUCGAAGCUAAAUGUACUAACGCCGUUACUUUCAGGGACUCCAUCUACAUCGUGGGUGGCGCGAUGAAGGCCUUGUUCAGCUAUAGUCCAGAUACAGAUGUGUGGACGUUGGUCACUCAGCUGGGCGGUGAGCGGGCGAGCUGUGGUCUCUCAGCGUGCUGUAAUAAACUCUUCAUCACAGGAGGGAGGGAUGACAAGAACAGUGUCAUCGCCACGGUUCUCUGCUGGGACCCGGACAAGAACACGCUGACGGAGGAGUGUGUGCUGCCACGCGGCGUGUCUCACCAUGGCAGUGUGACGCUCAGGAAGUCGUACACUCACAUCCGCAGGAUCGCAGCCACACACACAGAGUGAUCAUCACGUUUACACAAGAAAACUGACAGAGAACCCAAAACACUGCACAGCUCCGAGUCUCAGUGAAAAACAUUUAUUAAAAGCAUUUAAAAAUACAAACUCAGCUAAAAGAGAGGCAGUGAGUAGGACAGAGCACAGAAAUCCAGCUGUGUGCCAUCACACACACCCCCCUCUCGCACACCCCCCUCUCACACACGCACGCACACCCCCCUCUCACACACACACGCACGCACGCACCCC